CGCAAAACUCGCUCGAAGCCUGGACAUCGUCCGAGACGCCAACUCACUGCACCCGUCCCGUCCUCUCUGCAAAGUACGGCGAUGUCAAAACGGGUCCUCUAUCUGUUAAUCUCGAUGCUCAUUUUGGGCUUCAUUGUUUCUGCUGCUCCCAUUCCUGCUAAAAAAGCGGUAGCGGGGAGGUCUCUCAAGCAGCUCAAGCUGAAACGAGGCGACCGCAGUCCGCUGAAGCGCGAUGACCCAAACCUUCCCAAACCUUCCGGCUACCCGACCAGGCGAGAUGAUGCGUACCCUCCUCAGCCUUCAAAGUGGGUGCAUCUUUCCGAAAGAUUUGAUAGACUCCCACAUUAUUCUGCAGAAGCUAUAGAAAGUAGACAGCCAGCCAACCGUGACUGCUACGCUAUCUCGACCUAACUAGUCCUGUAUGUCCGUCAGCUACCUGUCUUCCCAAGCCACGCUGCCUCAGUUAUUGAUAACAUACCCUACCAGUUUCUCGGUGUCGACUCCACUGGCCUGUUUCUAUCCGCUUUAUGUAUAGUGUAUGGUCUCAUAUGAACAUCAAUGCUUGACUCGUAUGUAGUGUAGAUCUGUUUUAAAAGAACUUGUUCCGCUUUUUUGGCCUAGUGUUCCCGUCCGGAUAUCAGUUAAAGACUCAACUGUUUAUCUGCGCGCCC